CAAGAAUGCAAUUCAAACAACAGUUAGCAAAUCCUAUUCAUGUCAAGCCAGACAAAAAUCACAAACAGAAACAACAAAUAUACUAUCUAUAGAGGCAAAAACUCAUUAUAUAAACGCCUUCCUCUCUAUCACCAAUCUACACAUCUCAUACAACAAACACAAGUCCUAGAGUUUUGUUUUGAACAGAAAAAAACUUGUAAGAGGAAAAUGGCGGGAAAGGUGUAUAUGGUCAUGGCAUUGAUAAUGAUGGGAUUUGUUUUACAAGCAUGCAAUGGAAUGAAUGUUGAUGUUGAUGAUGGUGAUGAUAUCAAGCCAACAGAAGAUUCAAGAUUCUUUUGCUUCAGAGUCUGUUCCAUUAGAUGUGGCAAACAGAACAAGCCUUGUUACCAAGAAUGUUUGCCAAAAUGUGGUCUCCCACGACGACUUGCUAAACCAACAACAUCUCCAUCAUCACCUUCCUCCACCGUUUGAUAUUUUUUAUUCUCUGUGAUUUUUGCCUCUAAUAUUUGAUCGAGCUUACUGGUAAAGAUAUCUUUUAUAUGUUUUUUAUCAAAAGAAAAGAAUUGAGAAUUAUAAUAAACUAUGAUUAUGUAUCUGAUACUUAUGUGACAAGUCUAUUCAAACUUGAUUUUCUAUUAUAAGGACAUAUAAAUACAAAUGUGAUCACAAAUACAAAAUUAGAAACAUGGAAUCUGAUCAUUAUAAUAACCUAAAAAUAAAACAUCCAUCAGCUUUGCCAUGUUUCUGAAGCAAUCUCUGAAAAUGCCAAUUGAGGAAAACCUUCUCCCUUGCUUAAUUUAUGCACUAUGCUUGUAGUUAGACCUCGUCUGAAGUAUACACCCUCAGUGAUUGCACUCUCUACCGUCUGAAACAAACGGUUGAAGCAAGAACUAAAGGAUUCAUAUCAAGAACACCAAAAA